AUGGCUUCAGGAAUCGUCGUUUCGUUUUUGGGGGCGUUGCAGGCGUCGCUCUCGGUGCUGCUGACCAUUGGGGUUGGUGUGGCGGUGUCACAAUUUGGCCUGCUCACCACAGCAUCGGCGGAGCAGUUGUCGUCAGUGUGCGUCAAUGUGUUGUUGCCAUGCUUGCUUGUCGUCAAUAUUGGAUCCAAUAUUGAUCUGGAAUCUGCUAUACGAUAUGUUCCCAUUAUCAUCUGGGCCGCCGUCUACACCAUUGUAUCUCUCUGCAUUGGCCAUGCCGUGACGGCAUUCUUCCGCUUGCCGAAUUGGACGGUUCCGGCUGUGGCCUUCAACAAUACCGAGUCGCUACCCCUUUUAUUGCUGCAGUCGCUAGGGACGACAGGCGUCUUGGCCAGCUUGACCGGCGCCGGCGGUGAAGACGCCGGGAUCGACAGGGCCCGCUCCUACUUUCUGGCCGGCUCUGUCAUCACCAACACCAUUACCUUUGGCCACGGCCCAGAGCUACUCACUCGGUCGUCGCAAGACUCCAAGUUCCUUGAUUUCAUGCAAUGGAUCUGGUAUCGUGGGAAACUGGCCGCAGGAAGUGAAGAGAACAGCGACGAUGAAAGCCAGGUUCGCAGGCCCAACGGCGAGGAAGAGGAGGCUCAUCAGGAUGCCGGAGAUGAGGACGGCCCUUCAAGCAGCAGCAGCUCCUCCAGUGACGAAGGGGAGUACAACGGCGCGCAUGAGCGGACAUCGCUCCUGCCGCACGCGGUGGUCAAGCGGCAUCGAGCCACGCGACGCAAGGUGUCUUCCAAACUUCGAAGAUCUUUCAACACGAUGCCCAAACCCUUACGAAGAUCGAUGGCGGCGGCCCAGCCGUUCCUCAACCCACCUUUCAUAGGCGCUACCUUCGGUAUCUUCAUUGGGCUCGUACCUGCCCUUCACCGGCUGUUCUUCAGCUCAUUGGAUGAUGGUGGAUACUUCAACGCCUGGCUCACGUCUUGUGUCAAGAACAUCGGGGAGCUCUUCGUGUCACUUCAGGUCAUUGUCGUCGGGGUAAAAUUGAGCCUCAGCCUGAGGCGCAUGAAGGAAGGUGAACAAGCCGGAAAGGUGCCGAUGGGAACCGUUAUCUUUGCGGUUUUGAUCAGAUUCGUUGUCUGGCCAGCAAUCAGCAUCUCAGUCAUCUGGCUCUUGGCCGCCAAGACGAACGUCUUGCCAGACGAUCCUAUUCUCUGGUUUGCCAUGAUGAUGAUACCGGUUGGUCCGACGGCCAUGAAGCUGCUUGCCCUAGCGGACGUGAGUGGCGCCAGCGAGAAAACGAGAAUGGCAAUUGCAAAGUUCCUCACGCUAUCAUACAUUGUGACUCCACUGGUAUCUUUGUCGGUUGUAGGGGCGUUGAAGGCUUCCGAAAGCGCAAUUGCCUAG